GUAAUAUUUAUUCCUAAAUUGGCUGGUGCUUAUGUAGCAGAACUGUUGAUCCAUUCCCACAGAUUUACGCAGGAUAGAGCGACAGGAUCUACAUCUUACCCCACAGUGGUCACAAUCCAGGCCAUAGCAGAAAAACCCAAGAUUGAGGUCCAUGGGUAUGGUUUGGAGAACCGGGUGCUGAACUUUGGGCAGGUGACCUGGGGGAGCUGUAAAUUCCUGACCCUGGGGAUUGUUAAUUACGGACAAGCCUCACUCCCACUCAGGCUCUCCAUCUCUUGUAAUAACAUCCCUUGGCAUUGCUUCUCCUUUGAUCGUAAUGGACAGAAUUCCACUCUGGGAGAUAUUUCCAUCAUCUCUAGGAGUAGCCGCCCACAGUCGCCUGCAUUAGGAAAGACAGUGGUCACACUGUGCAUCCCGGGACGGUCAGCAAAGGAUUCUGGGAUCACGGAACAGGAAGUCAGAGUCUGGUGUCGACCACCAGACAAGAGAAUAGACAGAGCAUUGGCCCAGAAUCCUCCUGAUGAGAUGACGGCACGGAUUGACAUUGAUGUGGACACGCCCACUGCUAAUAUCCCUCCCCUCAGAACAAUAGAUUUACAGGCCAUAGUGGGGGUAGCGAGACUUCACAUCCCUAAAUACCUGGAAAUGCUCAAGUUAGAAUCCACAGUCAGACAGGCUGCUCGGGAUUCUAUAGCUUUGAAGAACUACGGGAAUAUAGAUCUAAAUGUCUCUCUAAGUAUUCCGGAUCAUGAGGAUGUUUUCAGAGUCCGUCCAAAACAAAUCACGAUCCCUCCAGGACAGGAAAACGAGGUGGUGGUUGAGUUCUUCCCCUUGGAAUCUGAGAUAAAAGCACUAGAAAGUGUUCUGUUGAUGAACGUGGAGCCUGAUGGACCACUGUAUGAGCUCCCUGUUCUGGGUAGUGUGGUGACCAAGAGACAGUCCACUCCUAUAGUCCUCAGUGACCGAUGCUUCAUCUAUUUUGGUGGUGUGGGUAUUGGAAAAGCUAUGGAAAACAAGUUCCGCUUGAAAAAUCAAACACAGUAUCCUCUGAAAUUAAAAUUGGAAGUUCGAGAUGAAGCACACGUUUUCAAGCUGAGAACCUCCUCUAUUCAGUCUAACAGCCUGACAGAGAUCAGAGACGUCAUUAUUCAGCCUCUGGAGACCUACCCUGUAUAUGUCACCUACUCCCCACUCACAGCGGCACUGAACUCCGGCAAAGUUGUCAUCAAACCUUAUGAUACGGCGUACAAGUUCUCGAUCCCUGUGUCUGGUUAUGGAGGAGUUGGUAAGCUGGUAGUGGAGGGAGCCAGUAUUGCUGACAUGAACAGAUACUGUCUGGACAUGGGGGAUAUAUCACUAGGUCAGGAGACAGGGGAAAAAAUCAUCGUACGGAAUGUCGGCUCAAGACCUGUCUAUGUCAAACUGAUGGCCUACACAGGGUCAAAUUGCAGAAAGGAUAAUAUCUCUAGUAAAGUGUUGGUUGAACCCAGUGAGUUUGUCCUUGAACAAGAGGGAACAAAGUCUGUGAUAAUUGUGUUGAACCCCUCUGAUCGAGAGACAUCACUGUGUUCCAACAGUAAACAGAUUGUGUCUACAGUAGUGGCCUUCUAUGGCGAUGAAAUCUCCAGGCAGCGAUUUAGAAGGGCCUUGAGUUCUUCAGCAAAGCCAUACAAACCAAGCUCCUCUAUUGAUUCAUUAUCUCUGUCACUCAAUCUGAAUCACAGCUUCCCAGACGAGAACUUGGUUCCAGAAUCCCAAGUGCCCCAGGAAGUGAACAUGAACUCUUUGGUUGACACAUUUUACAACACUAUGUCCAGGCUAUAUAUAGCUCUUGUGGGAGCACCCUCAGAAUUUUCCCUGACUAAAACUCCCCAGAUCCACCAUGCUGGUAAAUCUCCCAUUAGUGCCAAGAAAGGUUUGAGAACCAGUGGUAGUCUGACUGGAAUACCCUCCAAAGAUCCUAACAGGUGUAUAUCUCCCCAUAGUAAUACCACCCCUCUACACAACUCCCCUCUGUUUGUCCCAGAGGAAGAUGACAAAGACUGGACAGUGAAACCAACACAACUCAUCUUCCGAGUCUCCAAAGAUGGAAAGCUUCCAAUCCUGAAGUUUCAAAUCAGUAACUUUCAAAGCAAAUCAAUGUUAUAUGAGUUGACCUGGCCAGGCCAGAAAUUAAAAUUGACUCCAGAGGGCGGUGUUGUAGGACCUAAGGACAAAGUGACAGUGUGCAUCAGUCCAAGUCCAACUGUGUACAAGUUAAUCAAUGAACUUCCAUGGAGCGGAUGUGUGCAUGUCUCCUGUGGCCAGAAAACCAAGAAGGUGCAGGUCCAGAUACGGACGGAGCUGGAGGACAGUCAGCCGACCCUGACCCAGACCUUGGUCCCGGUGUUCAGACCCACCGUGGGGCCCACGAUCAGCCUGCCCUACGAGUCUAGUGUAGGGAGCAUGAUGCAGACCUCGGCUCAUAAGAUAGAGUUCCCCAUCACCAAAGUAGGAGAACAGUCAGAGACCAGCUUUGAGCUGACUAACACCUCUGAUGAACCCAUGCAGUGGAUUGUCUCUUCUUUUGCCCCGCCAUAUGUCAAGGGUGCAGACAGUACUAAAGAUGUUUUCCGAGUCAUGUAUAAAGUUUUUGACUUCACCAUCAAGUCGGGCAGUUUACCACCAGGAAAGAGUACUCAGGUAAAUGUUGAGUUUAUGCCAAGAUCCAAAGGAACUUUCACACAACACUGGGAUGUACAAAGUGCAAAGGAUAAACCAGUUCGACUGCAACUCACAGGGGAGAGCAUUGCUAAUGAUGAUGUGCCUGGUAGUCAGUUGUCGUCAUACAGAGAGGACAUGACAGAGAGGUUCCAGGAAACUGGACACAAAACUCAUAAAAAGAUUAAGGAUGAUAGGCCUGUGAUUCUGAAGAAUGAGGAGCUGGGUUUCCUCCCCUGUUUAGUGGGUCAGUCCCAAGUGGCCAAGUUACAGAUCGCCAACAACUCCACAUCCCCCCAACCAAUUGAGGUGAUUCCCCCACAGCCACCAUUCUAUGUGAAGCAUAUGAGAUUUGAAGUAAAGAGUAAGAAGUACCUUAUGCUCCCUGUGGAAUUUCGACCUUCAGAACCAAACAAUUACGAGGGACUGAUCGUGUUAAAAACUGGAAUGGGAUACAGUUUGAGUGGCAAGUUACUUGGUCAGUGUUCAUCAUAACAAACUCAACAAAGAUAUUAGCGGGAGAUAAACAGAACAGCCGGUUAUACAUACAUUGUGGGAAUUUUUUAAUGUGUUUUAUAGAAAGGCUUUUGUCUCAUUCUUCCAUUGUAAAGUACCAAUUUAAUAUACUUACAUGUAUAUAUAUAUAUUUAAGAAGCUUUAAGAUUGAUGUAGAUAAUAUUACAUGGAUUUGAAUCAUGGAUUGCCAAGUUCAUUUGCUAAUUUGAAUUAUCCAUUUUAGGAAUAUUUUUUCAGUACAAUGAAAUAAAAAUGAUAUUGUGUAAAUAACCUGUCAGAAAACAGGAUCAACUGAACUUUGUAUUACAUGGUUUGUUGAUGACCUGUGUAUACAUGUAUAUAUCAUUUAAUAUGAUUGGUGUGGCAGCUUUCAAUAUGCUCUAUUAUUCAAAUCUGUUCUCUGGUUUCUCAUUUACUUCAGGUGCUGAUUAUUAUAAUCUACUUUGCAUUUAACUAUUUAUCUAGAAUUAGAAGCAUAAUCUUUUUUUUCAAUUAAUAUUCUUUUUAAACUAUUAUUUUGUCAAUGCUUUAUCCUUUUGGUUGUAAAUCUUAGGAUAUAAACAUGUACAUUGUAUUUACACGUAUCUUUUGAUUUUCUUUAUAUAUAUAUUUGAUUACAUUUUCUUGGACAAAAUUACUUUCAAAAUGCUUGAUGUUUGUUUAAACAUGAAAGCAUGAUAGUGAUAGGUUCUGUGAUAAACUUGGUGCUUCAUAAGUGAAGGCAUUUACAUUUUCUAAUUAAAAUCCUAAAGAGAGAGAGGGAGUGAGUGAGAGAAAGAAAAAGAAAGAUAGACAGAGGGAGGUAUUGUGAUACUAAAUUUAAUUUUUCUGAAAAGUCUCUGUCUAGCAUUGUCUAAUUUUUCAAGAUAUCUUAGUAAACCUUCAUGUGUUCACAGAUUGACAUACCUCAGUGAUAUUCAGUAUUUUAUAGGGUAGAAUCAGUAAUAUUUAUAAAGGAUAUAAUGAUUUGAUUUGAAUAAUACAGAAAUUAAUUGGACACCAGGCAUUAGGUGUCUGUUUCAGCCAUCCAUCUCCGUGGUUACAGUAAAUGAAAUAGACAAGAAAUGGAAUAAGCAAGGGAAAGCAGAAUUCUAGACUAACAGUAAUAUUUUUUUCUUAGCUAGUCCUUUCAAAGUAUGAAUGCAUGAAAAACUAAUGGAUAUGAAAUGUGGAAACUUUUAUGUUGAUCUGAGAUCUCUAAAUGGUUAGUAAUAAAGGACUUAUUUAUUAUUAUUUAAAAGUGAAGUGUAGUUAAUGACACUAUGUAGAACAUGCUUGUAUAUUUAUAAGGUUGAAAGAUUGAAAAUAAAUAGAAUUAUGAUUUG